AUGCAGCCCACCGCCCAUUACCUUGUAUACCCCACGACACCCUCCCCCAGCCUCACCCCCAUCCCUUUCCCCGGCCCUCCCCCCCCCCCCGCCUCGGCCUCCCGCCCCCCCACAAACCCCACCCGUCCCCCAGCUCCCCCUUCACCCCCAUCCUGCCCCCGCACGACCACCAUCACGGUCCCCCCCCGAGCCCCACCCCCGUCCAUCCUACCCGCUUCCCCGUCCACGCCCUCCCCCGACCACCCGCCCACCGUCACCGACCCCCCCGGCCCCCCCUCCCCCCCUGCCCCCCCCCCCCCCGCCCGCGCCUCAUCGCGCGACCCGCCGCGCCCCACCAGUCAAGGGUGCCCAUCCCGACCCUCCCCACAGCACGCGUCCCCCCACCACACCAGGCCACCCCCCCCCCUCCCCCCACCCCACGUCCCCCCUCGCACCCUCCCCACUUCCACCCCCCUCCCCUCGCCCUGA